AUGAAGUCGGAUGGGUGCCUGACAAGGAAGGACGUGUCCAGCUGGAAGCUGCAAGACCUGGAGAUCCGAGAGACAAUAGGUACCGGUACUUUUGGGCGCGUCCGCCUAUGUAGACACAGGGCUUCUGGACAAUACGUUGUUUUGAAGAUUCUUAAAAAGCAGGAAAUUUUGCGUAUGAAACAGGUAGACCAUAUACUGGCCGAGUCGAGUAUUCUACAGGAGUUGAGCCAUCCAUUUAUUGUGACAAUGUAUAAAGGUUUUAUGGAUGAUGACCGAUUGUACCUCCUCCUCGAGUAUGUGGUGGGUGGCGAGCUGUUCUCCCACCUCCGGAAGGCGGGAAAAUUCCCUAAUGAUGUAGCCAAGUUCUACUCCGCAGAAGUGGUUUUGGCGUUUGAAUAUAUUCAUGAGUGCGGCAUCGUAUACCGUGACUUGAAGCCAGAAAAUGUGCUUUUGGACAAGCAGGGAAACAUUAAGAUUACGGACUUUGGGUUCGCGAAACGCGUUAGGGACAGAACGUACACGCUAUGUGGGACUCCAGAGUAUCUUGCGCCGGAGAUAAUCCAAAGUAAAGGUCACGAUCGGGCUGUGGAUUGGUGGACACUCGGAAUUCUUCUCUAUGAGAUGCUUGUCGGUUAUCCUCCUUUUUUCGACGAGAGUCCUUUUAGAACAUACGAAAAAAUUUUAGAGGGGAAACUUCAGUUUCCAAAGUGGGUGGAGAUGCGGGCGAAGGACCUCAUAAAGAGUUUUUUAACAAUUGAACCAACGAAACGCCUUGGGUCAGUAAAACGUGGUGUGCAGGACGUUAAGCGACACAAGUUCUACAGUGGGGUUAAUUGGAACGUUCUCCUACAGAGAGGUGUCGCCGCUCCCAUUCACGUGCGUCUAAACAACGAUGGUGACACUAGGUACUUCGAUCGUUAUCCAGAAAGUCCUCGCCAUCCACUUCAACCUUUGACUGAGGCACAGCAGGAGUUAUUCUCGGGGUUUUGCGAUGGUGAAUACACGAGGAUCUGA